AGUGGGAGACAGAAGGGAUCCGACAGAAAGAGGGUGGGACGUUUAAAGAAGUGGGACUUUCUUUCUUGCAGGUGGGAGCAUGUGGUUAUUUCUUAGUCUUUAUGGUCAGAGUCAGAGAAAAACAAAGAUGCCAUGGUAACUCCCCCUCUCGCCACGUGGAGAAGACCUGCGAUGGCAUCUGACUGAACUGGACAGAGAGGUAGCAGAAAACUUCUUCCAUCACCUGGACUGGGAAUAAUUCUUAUUCUUCCGCGCUCUACGCAACUCUUUGCUAAAGGGAAGCUCAGAAGGAACUUAAGGAGAAGCAUUAAAGGAAUCCGCAUCUUCCUACUCCUCCUUUUUCCAGUUCUUAUUGACUGUGAGCUCGGACCUUCAGCUCCCAGUAUGAGCGGUCUCAUGGUGAAGCUGGACCCUCGCAGGGUACAGUGGGGUUCGCAAUGGAACACCUUUACGUCCCGCGUGCUGAGGACCAAACCGGUGGAGUCCAUGUUGGAUUCAGCCACAACGGGCACCAGCGCCCACGGGACCAAGCUGGCCCGGGUGCUGUCCACGGUGGACCUGGUGUCGCUGGGCGUGGGCAGCUGCGUCGGGACGGGGAUGUAUGUGGUCUCGGGGCUGGUCGCCAAAGAGAUGGCCGGUCCAGGGGUCAUCGUGUCUUUCAUUAUCGCCGCCGUGGCCUCCAUUCUGUCAGGAGUGUGUUAUGCAGAGUUUGGCGUGCGCGUGCCUAAGACCACGGGUUCGGCCUACACAUACAGCUACGUGACCGUGGGCGAGUGCGUGGCCUUCUUCAUCGGCUGGAACCUGAUCCUGGAGUAUCUGAUCGGCACGGCGGCGGGGGCGUCGGCUCUCAGCAGCAUGGCCGACUCGCUGGCCAACCACACCAUCAGCAACUUCAUGAUCACGCACAUCGGGACGCUCAAUGGAUUGGGUAAAGGAGAGCAGUCGUACCCCGACCUGCUGGCGCUGCUCAUAGCGCUGGUGGUGACGGUGAUUGUGGCUUUGGGAGUGAAGAACUCCGUGGGCUUCAACAACGUGCUGAACGUCAUCAACCUCGUCGUGUGGGUGUUCAUGAUGAUCGCCGGGCUGUUCUUUGUCAACGGAGAGAACUGGGACGAUGGCAGAUUCCUGCCCUUUGGCUGGUCGGGGGUGAUGCAGGGGGCAGCCACGUGCUUCUAUGCCUUCAUCGGAUUUGACAUCAUCGCGACGACAGGAGAGGAGGCCAAGAGUCCCAACACCUCCAUCCCCUACGCCAUCACCGCCUCGCUCAUCACCUGCCUCACCGCCUAUGUCUCUGUUUCUGUGAUCCUGACUCUGAUGGUACCGUACAACGAGAUCGACGCGGACGCCCCGCUCAUGGAAAUGUUCGCCGUGCACGGCUGCAUGUUUGCCAAGUACAUCGUCGCGGUCGGCUCCAUAGCCGGACUCACCGUGUCCCUGCUCGGGUCCCUGUUCCCCCUGCCCAGGGUCAUCUACGCCAUGGCGGGGGAUGGCUUGCUGUUUAAGUUCCUGGCCAACGUGUCUUCCUUCACAGAGACUCCUGCGGUUGCCUGCGUGGUGUCGGGCUUCCUGGCCGCCCUGCUGUCGCUCCUCGUCAGCCUCAGAGACCUCAUAGAGAUGAUGUCCAUAGGAACCCUGUUGGCCUAUACCCUGGUGAGCCUCUGCGUGCUCCUCCUGCGUUACCAGCCCGAGAGCGACAUCCACGGCUUCGUGAACUUCCUCUCCGAGGAGCAGGCCACCAAGAAGAAGGAGGGCGUCCUGGCCGAGUGCGAGAAAGACGCCUGUUCUCCGACCAGCGAGGCCGACGAGUUCGGAGGAGCGUCCACCAACACCUGCGGAGCCAAGAACCUGCCGUCGCUCGGGGACAACGAGAUGCUGAUAGGCAAACCAGACAAGACCGCCUACACCGCCAGUCACCCCAACUACGGCACGGUGGACAUGACCAGCGGCAUCGAGGCGGAGGAAUCGGAGGGCGGGGUGACCCGGCGUUUGAAGAAGCUGAUUGGACCACGCUACUACACCCUGAGGAUCCGAUUGGGCCUCCCGGGAAAGAUGGACAGACCAACUCCGGCCACUGGGAAAACUGUCACCAGAUGUGUGCUGCUGCUCUUCAUCUUCAUCUUCGCGUUCUGCUCCUUCAUCAUAUUUGGAGCGAGGUUCAUCGGAGAGGGUCGCUGGUGGGCGCUGGUGCUAUUGAUCGUUUUCAUCAUCGUGCUCGCCCUGCUCGUCAUCAUCAUCCUCCAGCAACCGGAGAACCCCAAGCGGCUGCCCUACAUGGCGCCCUGUGUGCCCUUCGUCCCUGCUUCAGCCAUGCUGGUCAACAUUUACCUCAUGCUCAAACUGUCCGCCAUCACCUGGAUACGAUUUUCAAUCUGGUGCUUUGUGGGUGUACUCAUCUACUUUGGCUACGGCAUGUGGAACAGCACUCUGGAGAAAACGGCCAGGGAGAACGAGGUGCGCGCCUCCACCUACCAGCGCUACGACCACGGCGUGGACGAAGGCUUCUGCGGCUUCGAUGACGAUUUCUACCCCCCCACCACUGACAGCUGGGGUGCGUCUGAGGGGGGGUCGGGGCGCGCUAAGCCCCCUCAGGCAAAACCUGAAGGUGAAGAGAUCUCACCUAUAGGUGCUGGCAGGACCGUGGCCAAUCACGGCCUCGCCGAGGAGGAUCCCAUGGACUUCUGAAGGGACUGACUCUGUGUUAACCCUGAAUGUACUGCCUUGUCUGCUGCCUAGGGGACGGGAAGGGAAGGGGAUCAGCAGUGUGUGAGUGCAUGGAUGGUUGUUGGUGUGUGUGUGUGUGUGUGUGCGCAUGCCUGCACGUUUGUGUGUGUGUAUAUGUUUAUGUCCUACCCUUGGGCUAGAUUGUUUCCCGGCAGUGGAAUGGCUUCUCUUUCCCCGCGACUCCCCCGCCCCCGGUCCCCCUGCUCACACAAGAAAAUGUGGAUGUCAAGGUCGUGAGUGUCUUAUCACAGUCACUUGUUGUUCACUUAGCGGAGUCCACAUCCCACACAAGGAGAAAGGCCAGACAGAAAAAAGUGCGGACACAGCGAGAGAUAGAACACAAUGUGGUUCACUGCACCGUGAACCAUGAAACACGCUGUGCCGAGCAGUCACUGUUGAUAUCUGGGAGUUCAUGGGAUACAGGAGAGAAGAAGGUGAUGAGCGAGAGACAGAUGAAUCAGGACCUCUCUUCCUGUGCCAGCAUAGACGGGCAGGAAAGUGAGACAGAAUGCCAAGCCCAACCUAUUUCCUGCAUCCAGGUUGGACUUUCAGGACAGGCCAGGACAGGACAG